AUGAAUCCAGGUGCUUAUGACGAGCGCAGCUUCCUCUGGCUUGGUCGAAUCAUUAAUAAGAAUAUACAUGCCGUUCCUGAACCCAUUCGUUUACGGGAAGCCUUGGCUGCCCAUAAACGUAAUACGCGGGUAGCGAGCUACAACGCGCUCAAUAAACCUGAAGACGAGUAUCACUAUCUUACUGAAUGGGUCGAGAAAGCCAUCCGAGGGGCAGAUCCUGAUCAUAUUUUGUUUUUGGACGGAAACAUGGUUUGUAUUGAACUGUUUUGGACUUCCAUUCGCUAA